AAGUGAUUUAGUCAAAGUGGCGUUAAGGAGAUAGUGUAGUGCUCUUUUUACGCACAGAUAUUAAACUAGAUCAAAAACUGAUACUCUGUUACAAGAGAGAAACUGAACUAAGAAUUCAGAAUGGUCAAAGAACUUGCAAAUAAGKCAGACUAUGACGCUUUUAUUCAAAGCCAAGGAGAAGGGAUUGCUGUUAUAUGUUUUACAGCUAAGUGGUACGGACCUUGUAGGACAUUUGCGCCAGAAUUUGAUAAAUUAGCGAAAGAAUAUGAUASUGUUGGAUUUGCUAGAAUUGAUACCGAGGGAAACGAUAAACUCGCGCAUAAAGAAGGAGUUCAACUGCUGCCUGCUUUCUGUUUUUACAAGAAGGGACAAAAAGUUGGUCARACAAUACGAGGCAACGCGUCGGUCGUUAAGAACGCUAUCGACAACAUGAUKCAACCUGGGUCUUAAUAAAACAACCUCGUCUGCAUCAUACAUUCUCUAGACAUAAAAGCUUGUUAUAAUGACUUACAAUUAGAACUAAAAUUAAAAGUGAAAGAAAUCAUUA